AAAUAGCCGCCAUUUGCAGGGAAUAUCUCGUACGGAGUAUGGUAGCGUCCUGUUCAGUUAUUAAUUGCAGGAAUUCGAGGAAGAAUAAUAGUAACAAUGUAACAUUUCACAGGUUUCCUCUAAGUAAGCCGGAGCUUUGUAAGCAGUGGGUUCGUGCUCUUUGCCAACCAGACUUUAAUCCUUUGCCACAUCAUUUACUUUGCUCAGAUCAUUUUGAGAAAAGUUGUUUUCUGCCAGGAUAUGUAAAUAGACGACAGUUAAAGAAAAACGCAGUACCUACUUUGUUUGAUUGUCUUGAAAAGGAAUUGCAACAUCUGGCAUCAAACACAGAGAAGGAAGAACCAAUGUCAGUGUCCAAUCUAAAAAAUGAUAAUGUUGCUUUCUCAAAGUUGGAUCAAGAAGCUGCAGACUUGCUGGAUGAGCAGUAUGGUUCUGGAAGCAAAGCAGAAGAACCACUAAAAAUGCGGACUGAGUCACUGUGUCGUGUCUGUGCAUGUCCAAGUGAAGAAUUAGUCCCAGUGUUUGGGCAGAAAGGUUCAGAAUUGCAGCUGCUUGAGAAGAUUCACAUACAUCUCCCUAUAAUGGUGACACCAGAAGAUAUACUUCCUGUGACUAUGUGCACAUCCUGUAUUUGUAAACUUGAAAUGUGUCAUCAGUUUGUUCAUGGAUGUUUGGAUGCAGAUAUAAAGUUGAGAACAAUUUUUGGCUUGGAAAUGGAUGAGUUAAUGCUUUACAGUGAUGAGCAUACUGUUGAGAGUCCAUGCGGAACAUCUAAGGAACCUUCUCCACAAACAGAAAAGGAAGAGCUGUAUUCCCACACAUCUGAAGGUUCCGCAGAUGACGAAUAUGAAACUCAUACAGCACAGUCAGUCAAAUCAGAUGAGUCUGUUGAUAAUUUUGAUUAUACAGAACAUCCAGAAAUUUCAGCAGUUGUACCUGAACAGAAUACUGAAGUAGGUGUGAGAGAUGUGGAUGACAUAGAAUACAAGGCUGUUGAUGCCAGUCAUCAUUCUCUUGAACAGCUUAAUCAUACAGCAUACAUAGAUGGUGCACUUGUGGAAGAACAGAAUGUUGUCAUAGACAUGGAAGGGGCAGAUGUGGUGGAAUAUGAAACUUACAGCCUUGGUCAUUCAGCUGACGAAGUUGAUUGUGCAGAAUAUGCAGAAAUCUCAUGGACUCAUGGUGAUUAUACUGAGGUAGAUGCAGAUGUUAUAAAUGAGGUUCAGUAUGAUGCAAAUGACUUUGAUGAACAUUCUGAUCAGCUGCAGAGUUCUGAAGAACAAGAAAUCACAUUUGAUCAGCAGAGUCAUGAAUACCUAAAGAAUGCAGAGUCUGCUGCAGGCUGCAUGAAAUUGAGACAUAGUUCAGCUGCAGAAAAGUCAAAAAUGAAAAGAGAGAACCCUAAAGUGAAAGUUGUUAUUGUGAACGUGAAAGAUACAGUGAACAAGACACACACUGCACAGUUCAGAAGGACUUCAGAUCUGAUGAUGAUGAAGGAUCUUUCUUCAAACAAGAUACAGCAGGCACUUGAAUAUCAGGAGUCAGACAAUUCAAAAUCACCUAGAUCUGACAUUAUGUUGAAGUCAUCCGCAGUUUCUAUAGGAGACAUGACGCCUAAACAAGUGAAGCUGGAGAGGCCUGCACGUAUGCAUGGAGAUCAUUCCUAUACAUAUCGGCGGCACUCUUUUUAUCCUUGUAUAUAUUGCAGAGAGACUGUUAACACUAAAGAGAGACUUAUUGCACAUCAAGUAACUGAGCAUCCUGGUAAAGUAUUUUGUUGUGAACAGUGUGGUAGUGUUUAUUAUUCCAAAGCACUAUUGGAUGAACAUCAGAAAAGCCAUGUGAUAGAAACAGAAGAUGGCAGUGCUCAGCCUGAGUCCAACAUCUUUUUGCAGUCUUCAGUUUGUGUAAAAGAAAUCCAACCAUUGUAUUCUAAUAAUGAUAAAGUUGUGGAUAAUGGUGUGAUGAACCUGGACAGUAGGGAGAAAUUAGGAACAUUGAAGCUGGAGAAUGGUGCUGGUGAUAUAUUGCCAGUACCAGAAGUUUCAGAGGCUGAGAAAGAUUCUGUAGACAAAGAUAUUCAGAGACAAAAUGAACAGGAAAAUACAGAAGAAAUCAGAAUGGUAGAUGUUCAUAUAAAACCAGAGAAAGGAACUGAAAAGGGAGAUGUAUAUAAAAACACUUCUAAAUUCUGUUUAAAAUUAUCAAAGGAAUUUGAAAACAUUGAUCUGGAUUACAAAUCAAAGAUUUUAGAAACUGUUAAUAAGAUCAUGGAAGAGAAUGGCAGUCAUACCAAAAUAGACACUGUUAUACCUGAAAUUGUGAGACAGGAGGCAGAGAAAAAACUGGGUAUCCCUGAAUCAGCGAAGCCAGUACUCAAGACGCAGAUGAGAGAUAUGAAGCAUAACAUUUGGAAAUGUAAUCUUUGUAAUCAUGUUUCAACUUCACUGCAGAAGCACCAAGAACAUCGUCGAACUCAUCCUCAAAUAAAGUUCUCAUGCUCGUAUUGUAAUAAGCAGUUCCCGUCACAGAAGAGCCGUAGUCAUCAUGUCUCUAUACGUCACCCUGACAAAAAACGUUUCAUUUGCGAGCAUUGUGGAAAAAGCUUCCGUUUUUGGCUUUCUCUUAGAGACCAUUUGUUCACUCAUAAUAAAGGUGAAUGCAUAUUUCAGUGUGAGAAAUGUGGGAAAGAAUUUGAGUCAAAAGCAAGCUAUGAUAGUCAUGACUGUAAACCUGGUGGAGCUUCGUACCUCUGUGAUAUAUGUGGCAAGAGCAUGAGGUACCUUACAAGUCUCAGAUCCCACAGGCUCUCCCAUGCUGAUCCUGCCAGUCAGGCCAAACAUUCUUGUGCAAUAUGUGGAAAGGAAUACAGCAGCAGGUGUUUGCUUGCUGAUCAUAUGCGGCUGCACACAGAUGAGCACCCACAUCAAUGUAUACAUUGUGGGAAAGCAUUUCAGACGAGAAGUCAGCUCUCAAAUCACAAGUUAAUUCAUAUUAAUGCUCGUAAGCACAAAUGUCCUCUUUGUGGAAAAGGAUUUGCUCGUCGACAGCACAUGAGGGUGCAUGUUAGGGCACACCAAAGAUCAUUAAAAUACGCUUGCAAAAUAUGUAACUGUCCAUUUUCAAGCGUGGGAGAACUCAUAAUGCACCGUAAAACUCAUACCCAGGAAGAAAUUGCGGAAGCAUCAAAAAAGCAAGUUCUGCAAGGUGGAGGUCCAUUGGCAUUCACGUGCCAGAUAUGUGGAAGACAUCUGGCAAGCAAGUUCACUCUUAAGAACCAUGUGAUGAUGCAUGCGGAUGAUAAACCAUUUCAUUGUGAGAUCUGCGGUAAGAAGUUUACGAUGAAGUCAUCUCUACAGACACAUCAUCGUGUGCAUACACGAGAGAGACCUCACACAUGUCAGCAUUGUGGUGACACAUUCCAGUCAAGACAGAAUCUUGUAGUCCAUGAACGUAUUCAUACGGGGGAAACGCCUUUCAAAUGUACAGAGUGUGAUAAGGCUUAUCGUUCUAGACACAGUCUCAGGCAGCACCUUAUGAUUCACGCAGACUAUCGGCCAUAUGAGUGUCUACAGUGUGGGAAGAGAUUUAGACGCCAGGAUAUUCUCAUCACUCACAUACGCACGCACACAGGAGAACGACCCUUUGCUUGCAAUGUGUGUGGCCGUGCCUUCAAACAAAAAGGGGACUGUAACAAGCACCAGCAAAGACAUGCGUUAUAAUUCAGAAACACACAAAUACUUUUUGAGUGUAUUCUGACAGUUUCCAAGGUUUAAUAGUAAAGAAAAGGUAAAAUUAAAAAGUAAAAGCAAAAUUCCUUGUAUAACUAAUUACUCUACUAUAAAGGCAUAAUGGAGAUGCACAGGUGACUCUGCAGCCUAUUAAGCUCACCACUAGGCACUCCUGGGAGGCCAGCUUCAUGCUCUGACCAUCUCUACCCAGUAACAAUUGACACAUGGUUAAAUUCCAAACAUCUGGUAAACUAUAUGAUGAAAAAUAUAUGGGAAUUAAUUGGAUCUGAUAAUUUUUGGUAGCUGAAUGUUAUUUUUGUCAGAUAAUAGGAGAAAAGUAAAAGAUAAAUGUAAUCUGUGGUUGAAGAGUGACACCAUAAAGAUGUAUGGGGGAGUUGAAGUAUAGUUCCACCAUUGAGCUCAGCACUAGUUGGAGGUGAGUGGUCAGCUUAAUGCCCUGGCUACUUUACUCCCCCUCUGGCGGUAAAGAAUCUCUGCUACCCAUUAUGUAGGAGGCUGGAUCAGGGCCAGUCUGGACUCUGGAGAAGAGAAAAAUCUCUUGCGCCUGACAGGAAUCAAACCUCAGCUAUCCAGUCCAUAGCCUGUCACUAUACCAACUGAGCUGUCAAAGAUAUGCAUUAAAAAUAUGAGUAAGUUAAUGUAAAGAUAUUUAAGCAAAUUGACAGAACAUCAUCUACAUAGUGUUUUGUAAAAGGGCAGUGUUCAGGUAGCCAGUACAGUCAUCAUACAGAAUGGUCAGUAUGUAGAGAUAGAAUGUGAUUGUAAUAUAUUUAGUGUUUCAGCAGCAAGCCUGAAGGUAGUACGAUAAUCUGAGUGUGGAACAGCAUUUAGUUGACAGUAAUUUCAAGAGUAAUACUACAGCAUCAAGAAAUGGUGUCAUUUCAGGACUCCUACAAACAAACACAUGAGAAGGAGUUAGUCUUGAAGUGCUUCAGUGUCAUAAAUCUAAAUCUUUGUUGAUAUGAUUAUCAAAUAACUGAGUAGAUGUGAAGGAAGGAAUCAUGUCUGGUAAGACAUGGGAAUAAUGCAUUUCUAAGUGCAUACACAACACGGGAGGAGCAUAAAUGAGCAUUGGUCAAUACCACUGUGUAUAUGAACCUGGGAGAGAGGGUCCCAAAUAUCUCCUGACCCAAGGAGAGAUUGUGCUUGUAGAGGUGGGGUAAGGGGUUCAGCUCAAAGAUCACAGAAAGGAGCCCUCACUGUUUAAAAUAUUAUUGUCCACACAGAAAGGACCCAGAUUUAUAAAUGAAAAGAGUGUAUUAUGUAACAUACCAAUAAAAUGAACUGUUGACAUAUAA